CCGGCCCGGGUGCGCCAGGAGGCCGCACCGAGAAGUUGGGCGGGCGUGGAGAGCCCGCCGGGGAGCAACGCCAGCAGCAGGCCGGCCAGCAGCCGCCGCAUGGCAGCGGGCGCGCUGAGCACCGCAGAGACUUUCUAGGCACCGUCCCGAGCCAGGCCGGCCUUCAGCCGCCGCAUCCAUCCGCCAUCGGUCUCCUCCCACCGCGACGAGGACUGGGGGCGGGCAGCGGAGGAGCUCGGAUCAGCGGAACCUCCCCUCUCCUCCUGGCCUGCCGAGCCGGGCCGGGUCAGGCUGGGCCUGGAUGGCGGCCGCAGGGGACUGCCUGCUGGCGGUGGGGCUGCAGUUCUGGACUCGCUCCCUGCAGGCUCUUCCCGCCCUUUUGAUCCCCGCCGUGCUGCUGGGGCUGCUGCUGGGUGCCGCCGCCGCCGCCCUGCUCUACCGCUGUGCUCUUGGGCCGUGCCGGCGGAGAGAGAAGGAUGAUUCCCAGACACUUCUGGAAAGCUUCAACUCUGAUGAAAAAGAGCACAGGCUCAUGAGGAGUACAUCAAAAGAGGAAAUGGUGCUGGAGGAAAGUGAGCCUCCUCUGAACAGUAACAUCACGGCAUUUGCGUUAAAGGCAAAAGUGAUCUAUCCUAUCAAUCAGAAAUUCAGGCCUUUGGCAGAUGGCUCAUCCAAUCCAUCUUUGCAUGAAAAUCCAAAGCAGGCAGUUCUACCUAAUCAGGUCAUGGAGACAUCUAUGUCAGGCAGCCUGGGAUCUCUGAGCCAGGGAGACAAGGAGGACUGCAGUUCUUCUACAACAAUACAUUCCACAACAAGUGAUGACAGAUUUCAGGCUCGAGCCUUCCUCAAGGUGACCAGCUUCCCUGAAGUGCUAGUGUGUGAGAGUUUUGAUGUUAAGCUCUGCCUUUGCAGUCUUGUUUUAAAGGAUCUCAUGCUUCUUGAUACUGAGCUCAGAAAAGAAAAACACAUGAUGUUUAUUCAGGUUCUCAAAAUACACCUCGCAGACUUUCAUCGUAAAAAGAAGAUUACUGAUGAUGUGUUCAAGAAGAUCCUUUUAAUUCAGGAAAAUGGUUUUGAAGAAUUGCAGAAACAACUUGACUCUCGACUCCAGAGUACUGAGAUGUCAGGAGCUCAUAACUCAGAAUACCAGACUCUAGAAGACUUGGAAAGGAAAGAAAAAGAAUAUUCUGAGCACGUAAUAGAUCACAUGGAAGCUUUCUGGAAGCAGACUGACAAAGCCCAGCAGGCUUUCUUGGACCAGUCAAAAUGUUCAAGUGCCAAAUCAACAAAGAUAAUGAUGGAUCUGACAGAGAAGAUGAUUGCAGUAGAAAACUUAUUAAGCGAAUUUCAAGAUUUGCAGGCAAUGGACAUUCAGGAAAGGUUAUUCAACUGGGAGCUUCUGGUGAAAAUGAUUGAUUCACUGAAGGCCUAUAUACCAGAAGAGUGCAAGUGUAGAUUAAAUACUGUAUCAAAUAUUCUAGACAACUUAACUGUAAAGAAAAAUCUCUCAGUCCAACAAAAGGAAGAACUUCUAACAGAUCUGCACAAAGCAUUCUGGGAACAGCUGGCACGUUUCAGUAAUGAAUGUAUACAGCAAAGUAAAGAUCUGAUCUUGAGAGAACAAGAGUGCCAUAAAAAGAAGAGAAAAGAGUUCAAAGAUAGGCAGAAAGCUGAACAAGAGAGUCUGUUCAGUAAAAGUUCUCACAAUGAAGAUGUUAAUGAUUUCCUUAAGGUUUACCAUGAGCUGUUAGAGAAGCAUCAGCAAGCACAGUGGGAAGUGGAGGAGGAGAAUGACUGCAAGAGCACAGAGGCUGUUGCAGAUCUCUACAAGGAGCUGUACUCCAAAGCUUCCCAUGCUUUAGAGAAGUUGGUGGUGGAGCUGUUUCUUCAGACCCUGCCUGUUGCAACUGGCCUCUCUGCAAAAGAAUGUGAGCUUCUGAUAGAGGAAUGGCAGGAGAAUUUGGUCCCUCAGCUGGAGAAAUGGGAGACCCACCGCCAGAGACGCUGGAAGCUUUUCCAGGAACAGCUACUGCAAGACAAAGAAUUGUGGAUAAAGGAAUAUGCUCUGUCUGCUGUGAUGCAGAAACACGUGACUGAGAAACAAGAGAAGAUAAUUCAGGGUGUCGUAAGCAGACUUGGAUGCCUCAGUGAUGGGUCUGUUAACUAUAUCUUGCAAAAGCACCGACUUCUGCUGUGUUCAGUACUCAGCAGGUUAACCCUCCGAAGAGUUGGAAUGGCAGCACUGGCCCGCAUGAGACUGUCCAGAAAGAAGAGCUUGAUUCAGGAACUGAAGGAGCAGCAUACCCUACAGAAGGGAUCCUCCACAUGUCAAGAUGAGGACCAGUGGCAGUUACAGAAAGCAGUGGAGUCCCACAUUCUGGAAGAGGAGGAGAAGCUCGAGGAGGAAACACAGCAAACCCAUUUGGAAUUUCACCAGCAGCUAGUCAUGGAAAUUGAAGAAGCUCUUCAGUUUCUUCAGCAGCACAUGGAGCAAGUGAUUGGGCAGACACUGCUGCAGCACGCCAGACAGGAAGCUGGAAAAAAGAGUUCAGAUGAUGGACAGGACUUCAAGGAGAGACUGGUGGAAGCUGCUGUAGAAAGUGUGUACGGGACCAGCAGUAAUAUCAGCAGAUUGGUGCAAAACUACUAUCAGCAAUUGGGAAAAAUCACAGAAGCCUAUGAAGGGAAAAAGCUUCAACAGUUGAAAUCUUUACAAGUAGAAAGAGGCGAAAGGAACAGACUUAGGAAGAAGCAAGAGAUUGAACUGGCAUUGAAAGAACCGACCAAAGGCCUCCUGAAUGCGUCCUCCACAGUCCAUCAAAGGAUGGUACUGCAGCAAAAGAAGGUUUUGGCUCAAUUUGAACUGCAGCAGCAAAUUCGUCUGGAGUCUCUGAAGCAGAAACUUCUGGGAUUGCAUCACUUAGAAACAGAGUUGGAGAAUCAGCUAAAGGAGGCAGAGCAGGACUUCAUGAGCGAGCUGGCUGCACUGGCCCGAGUUCCAAUGGCUGUGAAGAGGCAGCCUUCCAAAAGGAGCAAGCCAGCAGGGGAGAAAAAACACUCCAAAAAAAGGACCUUUCACUCACCAGAAUCAGCAGACAAAAGUGGUUCUCAUGAAAAUGUUCAAGAGCUCCCUGAACAGACUUCUGGCUUAUGAAGAGAGAGGUUACAGCAUCCACAUGAAGGGGAGACUGAACCAAGGAAAAACUCAAAGAUGCUGCAAAAAAGAGGCAACAGGUAGUAAAAGCUUUUAUGUAAGCUGUCUGAACUGAACACAGAGUACCAAAGCAUUCUUCUGGGGAAUCUCAGCAGCUAUAAAUACUGAGGAACGACGAAGAACAUCAAUAAUAACCGAGAAAUCUCCUUUAGCUACAGACCAAGAAUCAAUUCUGGCUUCCUUUAGCUGUUAAUAAAACAUUCCCAUUUGAUUUUGGUAAGGGGGAACAAUGAAGUCUUUCAUGUAAGCUCUUCCAGAUAGCUUCAGGGAUGUGGAGGAGAGAGAGUUUUAGAUUAGGAGUAUACUUUGGAAAGUGGGCUUGUGGAAGAACAGAUCCUCACUAGGCUGGUUGCCCAGCUUGGUUUAUCUCGGUAAGGUUUCAUUGCAGCAAUGAUAUACCAGUUGGGUUUGAGCCCUAAAUGUGGCUGAGCAGGUCUUAAUAUUUUGUAACUGCUCCUUUGAACCAAUAAAAAUAGACAGGAUUGUAAAGAAUACAUAAACAGACUUUGGAGGAUAUUGGUAUAUCAAAAGAUUACAUUUUUUCUCACUUUGGAUAUAUUUUAGUGCUUCCAAGGCUGUGGACACUUGAAAAUUUAUACAAAGAUUUUUAGAAGUGUACUUCUUGCAUUUGCCUCAUAUUUCAAAUUAGUAUUUUUUUAGGAAGAAUGGGACAUGACCAGUUUACUGAUUCAAUUUCUAUACUUCAGUUUCUAACCGUCUUACUUUCCAACAGACUUUGUUAUGCUCAUUAUGUUUCCUGUGGGAAUUCUUGUUAUGCAAAGCAGCUGGUCCAGCACCUGUAUUGUGUAAUAAAUUACCCCACUUAAGCAAUCUUAACAGCUUUCGUGAAACGAACAUGUUCUGACUUUUUAAACUAAAGAUGCAUUUUGCUAAGAAAAGGCUGUCCUUUUCCAUGAUGGAAAAUACUACAUCGAUUACCGUUCCCUCAGACAGAAAUGACUUCACCAAGCACAUUACACUCAAGUGUCGAAUACUUCAUUUUCACCUUGAUCAUUGUAAAAAAUAGUUGCUGUUGUUUUUUCCUAAAUUGUACUAUUUCAUUUUAAUAUUUCGAUACUUGGGCUCUAUGGUCUCUCUGCCUUCCUGAUCUGAACAUGACAAUUGCUCUUUGUUGUGCUUUUUAUCAGACGCGUUGCAGCUUUUUUACCUCUGAACAUCUUCGUUGUGCAGUGCCCUCUGUGCAGGUGGCAAGAAGGAAAAUUUUGAUCUAAGAGUUCAUGACAUUUUAAGCCAGUCAGUGCAGCAGCAUCUCUGUGCAGUUAGGAUUCAGCGUAGUCACCCAAGCAGGGUCCCUAACGACACGAGCUGGGUCUGUAACUACGCGAGUGGGGUCUGCCUGGGUGACUCCCGUGGCUUGCCAGGGCUGAAAUGGCUUUUUCGCUCCUUUAAAGAAACGUGGGAAGGUUCCGAUUAUGCCAAAAGCAGGACAACAGUGCCCUCUGCUGGGCAACUAGCGAAGUUCUCCGCUUGCUGGGAAUAGUGACAGCUAGGGAGCCCAAGGAAGGAGCCAAGGAGGGGACAGCUUUCAGCAGGAGCUCCUCUCCAUCCCCGCCCCUCGGCCAUGGCCACAGGCAGCUCCCUGCUCAGCAUCCCCAAGCUGGCGUUUCUACAAACGUUUCUCCUCUUCUUGCACAGGCACAUCAGCUUCCUGACAAAACACCUGCUACUCCUGCCCGUGUUACUAACUUCUCACUCUCCCUGAGAUACUGUGGGCUCGCUGUCCUGUUUAAAGUCACAUGCAGGUUUUGUGCAUAGCACAGCACUUAUCAGUACCUCCUGUCAAUGAUGCAGAGACAGAGCAAGGCAGUUUCAUUAGACCAAAGAACACGUGUAGCAAAUGCCAAGCUAAGCUCACCACAGGUGCUCUUCAGUUAAGCACUGUUCAACUCCUGUGUUCUAUCAUAGAGUCAUAGGUUGGAAAAGACCUCUGAAGUCAUCAGUUCCAACCAUAAACCUAGCACUGUCAAGUCUACUAUUAAACCACAUCCCUAAAUACCACAUUUACAUGUCUUGUAAAUCCUUCCAGAGAUAGUGACGGAAUUCCUUCCCUGGGCAACCUGUUCUCAAGCUUGACAACCCUUUCAGGAAAGAAAUUUCUCAAUAUCCAAUCUAAACCUCGCCUGAUGUAAUUUUGUGGUGUCGUUACUCAGCUUUACCAUAGUGACAGUCAGUGUCUGUAUCCUGAUGCUCAAGAUCUCCAUCCCAUCUCCUGACAGUCAUUACAGAGUGGAUUUUUUUGUACCUCUGCCCCUCAGUUCACUUUGAAUCCGUGUGGCUGCUGUUUCUGACACCACAGAGAACACUACAUGUAAAGACAGACUUUCUCUUGAUGCUGUGAAAUAUUUUGUCAGCAGACAAAUGGGCACAGCUUAUUGCAGUAGUCAAUUCUCAGCACAAUCUUCCCAGUUAUACAUCAGGGAGAAAAAAUUCUUUGGCAUGAAUGGGAGAGAUCACUGGAAUAGGUACUUUAGAGAGUGUGCAGAACAUCCAUCUUUGGAAACUUCCAGGUUUCAGCUGGAUGUCUUGAGCAACUUAGUUUUGAAGUUAGCCCCGCUUUGAGCAGGUGGCUGAACUCCAGAUGGCACCACUUCUAACCUAAAUCUUUCCAUGAUUUUAAUACUCCUACUUAGCAAUGUUACCAAAAUAUCUCACACCCUCCUUUUGUAUCCUCCCUGUGUUUUAAGGGGCAACAGAUCUAGCUUGCGAAUCAGGGAUUGUGCCUAGAGUCUCUGGGAGAUAAACUGCAUAGUUUUGCCACCUGAGAGCAGUCCCCAGCAUAGUGCACGUGAGGUGGGGGGAAAUGGGUACCUAGAUGGCAGUCCCAAGUCAGAGCACUUGCUUUACAAAGCACAUCUAUCAUACACCUUUUAGUUUAUCAAGGCAGGCUCUGCCCAUACUAGUUACACAGUGAUAAUUUGUUACCUCAAGCAUGACAAGUCUAAUAGUUCCAGAGAAAGUCUGAGGUUGCACAAAACACACCCAAAAAAAUCAUGAAGUAAAUUUUUAAGUAGCAGUUCCAAAAUUGUCACACUGUCAAAUUUGCCACAAACCACCUGUAUUUCUGUGGUCAGGGCUAGAGUACCAGAACUCUGUCAACGCUCAGAGCAAAUAGGUUGAACAGACAUGGGAAAUGAAGACUUGACAUCUUAGGAUCGA